UCAAAUUGCCAGUGUGUUUCGCAUGGAGGGGGCACUCGCUUCAGGAAGGAAAUCAGCCAUCAAUGGGAUCGAGCAGACAACUUUGUUACAGUCCUGCCGGAGUCACUCAUUACAAGGAUUUCUGAUAACGUGAGCUGGACUAAAACGUUAAAAUGUAUACCGGAGUGUUUCUACUGAUGCUGCUCGUCGGGAUCUACGCUGAUACUAUGGACCAAGGGCCAACAGCUGGCUGUACCUUUGACGAAGACUCUGACCCUGGACUGUGUGAGUACAAGCAGGGACAGGAGGACGACUUUGACUGGCAGCUGAUGAGGACAUACAACUGGCCACACAGCACCCCAGACCUGCUACGAGGGUCGUUCAUGAUGGUGAACUCGUCCCAGCAUGCCGCGGGGCAGCGGGCCCACCUCCUCCUCCGUUCGCUGAGUGAGAAUGACACGCACUGCAUCCAGUUCAGCUACUUCCUGUACAGCCGCGACGGCCACUCCCCCGGGGACCUGCAGCUCUACAUCCGGGUCAACGGGGGGCCGCGGGGAAGCGCCGUCUGGAACGUCUCCGGGUCACAUGGACGCCAGUGGCACCAGGUGGAGCUAGCCGUCAGCACAUUCUGGCCCAGCGAAUACCAGGUGGUGUUUGAAGCAUCCGUCUCGGCAGAACGGCGAGGCUACAUUGCCAUUGACGACAUCCUGCUGCUCAACUACCCCUGCUACAAGGUUCCCCACUUCUCUCGGCUGGGGGAUGUGGAGGUCAAUGCAGGGCAGAAUGCCACCUUCCAGUGUGUCGCCACAGGCAAAACUACAGAGACAGAACCCUUCCUACUGGAGCGUCGUAACGGUGUGGUUGUGGCUGCAUCCUCUAUCCAGCGUCUGAGCCACAAGCGUCUGAUGGCCACCUUCCAGGUGGCGGCUGAGAGAGGGGAGCAGGACCUGUAUCGCUGCGUCACAGAGUCCACCCGCGGAGCUGCUGUGUCUAACUUUGCCGAGCUCAUCGUCAGAGUGCCCCCCACCCCCAUCGCUCCACCCCAGCUGCUCCGGGCUGGCCCCACCUACCUGAUCAUCCAACUCAACACCAACUCCAUCGUGGGAGACGGCCCCGUGAUCCGUCGCGAGAUCGAGUACCGCGCCAGCCAAUCACCAUGGUCGGAGACACAUGGCGUGGGCUCGCUCACUUAUAAGGUGUGGCAUCUGGAGCCGGACACAGAGUACCGUAUCAGUGUUUUACUAACCCGGCCAGGGGAGGGAGGCACAGGGGCGCCUGGACCCCCCCUGGUCAGCAGAACCAAGUGUGCAGAGCCUAUGCGUGCAUUGCGAGGCCUCACAGCGACAGAGAUUCAGCCUCGUCAACUAACCUUACAGUGGGAACCUAUGGGCUACAACCUGACACGCUGCCAUACCUACUCUGUCUCUCUCUGCUACCGCUACUCCACGCCUGCAGGGGGCAGCGCAGGGAACAACGCCACAGUGAGGGAGUGUCUCUCUGUGGAGAGGAACCAAUCACACUUCACCCUGAGGGACCUGCCCCCAUUCCGAUCCGUCCACGUCCGGCUGGCGCUGGAAAACCCAGAAGGCAAGAAGGAGAGCAGAGAGGUCACCUUUCAAACUGAGGAGGACAUUCCUGGUGGCGUUGCCCCAGAGUCACUGACCUUCACCCCAUUGGACGAUAUGAUCUUUCUGAAGUGGGAGGAGCCUGUGGAGCCCAAUGGGGUCAUCACACAGUAUGAGAUCAGUUACCAGGGCAUCGAGUCAUCCGACCCAGGUAUCAACGUACCAGGCCCUCGCCGUACCGUUUCCAAACUGAGGAACGAAACAUACCACAUGUUCUCUGGCCUACACCCUGGCACCACCUACCUGGUGUCUGUUAGAGCUCGCACCGCCAAGGGCUUCGGACAAACCGCCCUCACUGAGAUCACCACCAACAUCUCCGCCCCAGUGUUUGACUAUGAGGAUGUCCCAGCCCCACUCAGUGAGUCAGAGAGCACCAUCACGGUGCUGUUGAGACCAGCGCUUGGCAGAGGAGCACCAGUCAGUGCGUACCAGGUGGUGGUAGUAGAAGAGGACGGUUCCAGGCGGGUCAGGAGGAGCAGGAGGAGGAGGAGGGAGCUGGGUAGCGGGUCAGACUGUUUCCCUGUGCCAGCGUCACAGGUGGAGGCUCAGUCUAAGUCCCACUACUACACGGCUGAGCUUCCCCCCUCCAGUCUCCCUGAGGCCACUCCGUUCACUGUAGGGGACAACCACACCUAUAACGGCUACUGGAACACUCCCCUGGACCCCUCCAAGAACUACCUAGUCUUCUUCCAGGCUAUAAGCAACUUCAGAGGGGAGACGAGAAUGAACUGCAUCCGGAUUGCCCGUAAAGGUGCCUGUAAGGACCAUAAGAGGACCCUGGAGGUGUCCCAACAUGCAGAGGACAUGGGUCUGAUCUUGGGGGCCUGUGCUGGGGGACUGGUGGUCCUUAUUCUGCUGCUGGGGGCCAUCGUCAUCGUCGUCAAGAAGGGAAGGGACUUCUAUUCUUACUCUUACUACCCCAGGAAGAAGGUAGCGCUGAACAAGGCAGCCAUGUCGUACCGUCAGGAGAAGACCAGGAAGCUAGGUUCUCUGGACUGCAGCAUGACAGAGCAGAGCACCUUGCAGCAGGACGAGCGCACAGCUAACUCCUUCAUGGACGCCCAUGCCUGCAACACACGGAACGAACAGAGGAGUUCAGUGAACGAGUCCAGCAGCUUGUUGGGUGGUUCCCCUCGACGCCACUGUCGUAGGAAGAGCUCUCCGUACCACACGGGUCAACUUCACCCCGCGGUCAGGGUGGCAGACCUCCUCCAACACAUCAACCAGAUGAAGACUGGAGAGGGAUAUGGCUUCAAACAGGAGUAUGAGAGCUUCUUUGAUGGAUGGGAUGUCACCAAGAAGAAGGACAAGACUAAAGGGAGACAUGACAGUUUGCUGGGGCAUGAUCGUCAUCGAGUCAAGCUGCACUCCCUCCUAGCAGACCCCAACUCUGACUAUGUCAAUGCCAACUACAUAGACAUCCGGAUAAACAGGGAAGGGUACCAGCGAUCAAACCACUUCAUAGCCACCCAAGGUCCCAAGCAAGAGAUGAUCUAUGACUUCUGGAGGAUGGUGUGGCAGGAGAACUGCUUCAGUAUUGUCAUGAUCACUAAACUGGUGGAAGUGGGCAGGAUGAAGUGCUGUAAGUACUGGCCCGAGGACAGUGAACUCUAUGGAGACAUCAAGAUCACACUGCUGAAAACGGAAACACUGGCCGAGUACACCGUCCGCACCUUUGCUAUGGAGCGGAGGGGCUACCCAGCCAAACAUGAGGUGUGUCAGUUCCACUUCACCUCCUGGCCAGAGCAUGGUGUUCCCUACCAUGCCACGGGCCUGCUGGCCUUCCUACGACGGGUCAAGGCUUCCACACCACCCGACGCUGGGCCCGUGGUUGUCCACUGCAGUAUGGGAGCAGGCAGAACAGGCUGCUACAUCGUACUGGACGUCAUGCUGGAUAUGGCAGAGUGUGAGGGAGUGGUGGACAUCUACAACUGUGUCAAGACCCUCUGCUCCAGACGCAUCAACAUGAUACAGACAGAGGAGCAGUAUGUGUUUAUCCACGAUGCCAUUCUGGAGGCCUGUCUGUGUGGAGAGACAGCUAUACCAGUUAUUGAGUUCGCUCUGACCUAUAAGGAGAUGCUGAGGGUUGACUCACAGAGCAACACCUCCCAGCUACGAGAGGAGUUCCAGACGUUGAACUCUGUGACCCCUCACCUGGAUGUGGAGGAGUGCAGCGUGUCCCUGUUGCCUAGGAACCGCGAGAAGAACCGUAGCAUGGACGUCCUGCCUCCCGACCGCGCCCUGGCCUUCCUGGUUACCACCGAGGGCGUUGCCGAGGGGAACAGCUACAUCAACGCUGCUCUCACCGACAGCUUUCACCGGCCCGCCGCCUUCGUGGUAACGCCACACCCGUUACCGGGAACCACGGCAGACUUCUGGAGGCUGGUCUAUGACUAUGGAUGUACCUCAGUGGUGAUGCUCAACCAGAUCAACCAGUCCAACUCUGCCUGGGUGAGAAGAGGGGAGCCGUGUCUACAGUACUGGCCAGAGCCUGGGCUGCAGCAGUUUGGACCAAUGACAGUAGAGCUUCUGUCCAUGAUGGCUGAUGAUGACGUCAUCAUUCGUCUGUUCCGGGUUCAGAACAUCAUGCGGGAUCCCACUGAUCUUACCAAUCAGAACUGUCCAGCAACAGGAACAGGAACAGGGAGGGAGGAUGAUGCACAGUUCCCCAGCAAGCUCCAGGAAGGUCAGCUGGUGGUUCGUCAUUUCCAGUUCCUGCGCUGGUCUCCAUACCGUGACGUCCCAGACUCUAAGAAGGCUUUCCUCAGCCUCCUGGCCCAGGUCCACAACUGGCAGAGGGAGUGUGGAGAGGGACGUACCAUCGUCCACUGUCUAAACGGUGGCGGUAGGAGCGGUACGUUCUGCGCUUGUACCAUGCUGCUAGAGAUGAUCCGUCAUCACAGCGUGGUGGAUGUCUUCUACGCUGCCAAAACGCUACGCAACUCCAAACCCAACAUGGUGGAGACCAUGGAGCAGUACCGGUUCUGCUAUGACCUGGCCUUGGAGUACCUGGACGCCUUGGACUGCCUGAGUGAGAUAGAAGUGAGAUAACACUGAUCCCAGAUCAGCUCAGGCUCAGGGGAGAUGGUGGAGUCCUGGGCCUAGCCUGGAUCUCAGCCUGGGUCCACAUCAUCUGGACCUCCCAGCCUGGUCCUAGCCUGAGUUUACAGCCUGGGCCUGAGUCUGGGUCCACACUGCUCUGCUUCUCUCUCUACACUUCUACAUCUAGCACUGUAUUUUCAGACCUGCUCAACCCCAGAAGGAGUGUAGGGAUAGAGGCCUGGGCCUCAGUCUGCUGUCUUGGCCCAGUUCCGGCCUGGUCCACACCACUCCGUCUUGGGUCUCCCCUUGGGUCUACAGCCUUGGUCUAGCCUGGUUUCCGCUCUGCUCUGCUCCGCUUCCUUCUCUUCUCCUCUCCCAGGUCUGGGUGAUUCAAUGUAUCUGCUGCCAUAACUGACCUGGGCAAAAGAAAACAAUGACAGCGAAAGAGAGGGAGACAGAGAGAGAUGAUGGGACAUGCUCCUACCUUCAACCUGUUAUAUACUGUACUAUUGUCCUUUCCCUUGCAUUUGUAUCCCUCUGUAAGUUACUAUUUGUUCUGUGCCACAUACUAUCUGCCAAACCCAAGGAAGAGGACAAGGAAAUGGGCAGGAUCAUUCUCUUCUCAUUGGAUGUUUUUCUGGUCACUUGACCACUGGUGGUAUACUCAAAGGUCUCUGCAACUUCCUGCCUUAUUUUACUAUGUCAAUGACAACAACAAUUACAACAACAAAAAAUACAAAGUAGAAGCUGAAGUUUAACAACAAGACAAUGACAUCACAUACAACUGCAGCAAAAAUAAUAUGUCAACUAUUGGGUGAUCUUGUGUAUUUGUUUUGUAAUACGUGCAAUGAUCUUGUAAAUUAUGCAAUGAUCUACUGUUGGUGAACAUCCGAUGUUGUUACUGUAUGCUGGUGUUUUCUCUGGUGAGGCUGGAAUGGCAGAGAAUAUGUUUACAAAGAGAAUGGCACUGAAUUUAUGUUGGGUGCGUCUAUCCUAUGGUCAUACUGUACAGAAAGGACCUAUCUUGUUUAUUAUUUAUUGUUUGUGUAAAUAGAUUGUUUUCCAGAUGUUUAUCGAUGUUUGUCGUAUUAACUCUGUGCCAAUCCAUUAUCUUUGUGUUUAUGAACAACAUGGUCUCAUUAGAAUAUGUCAAAAUAGUGACUUUUAACCAUUGUAGUUAUAUGCCACCCAGUUUGACAUAUUACUUUUAUGUCACGUCUGGUGACAUAUUACAUUUAUGUUACUUCUGGAGGCAUAUUACUCCAUAUUUGUAAUGAGAUAUGUCUAUAAAUGACAUUGGAGUUAUACAGUACUGUAUGUCACCCAAUUUGACAUAUUACUUAUAUGUAAUUUCUGGUGACAUAUAGCUUUAUAUUUGUAAUGAGUUAUGUCUGCUAUAAAUGAGGACCACUUGAGAACCUGCAUGCCAGUCAGUUGUUAGUGUUUCCAUUGCAGUUUGUGACCCAGUCUGUUUCAGGGGACCGUCCCCACUGCUACCAGAGACUGGGGUUGCAAAAUUCCCAUAGCUUUCCCAAAAUUCCCAUAGCUUUCCCAAAAUUCCCAGGUUUUCCUGAAAUUCCCAGUUGGUGCAUUGGCUGAAUAAUGAACCGAAAAGCAAAGAGGGAAUCCUCUAACUGGGAAUCUUACAACUGGGAUUUUAGGAAAGCCUGGAACGUUUGGGGAAGUUACCCAAUUUUGCAACCCUACACGAGAACCCCUAUAUUCAGAGAGACCAAUGUAAAAAAAAAAAACAUGAUGUGUCUCUAGUUGUGGGAACAAAGGUGAUCAGUUUGCCAAAACUAGUUGCUUUUUAAAUUUGUAUUUAUUCAUUCAAUGUGUUUUAUUUUCUAAAGAGUGUAUAAAUGAAAAUAAAUAAAGUAUUACGAUGUUGCUAAUA